CAGGCUUUGCUCUUGCCGGCUGCCGGCGGCGCCCGCUCCCCGCCGUGGGAACCGGCGCUGCGUGGCCGUGGGAAGCAGCCCCGGGGUGGGAACCGACCCCGGCCCCGAGGAAGAAGCAUCCCGUGGUCUCCCAGCCCUGCAGCCAGCAGCAGCGUGUGCCACCCUGGCGCGAGACGGAGCUGGGAAAAGGAGGUCAACAAUGCAGUUCACAGCCUGGUUCAACCUGCUGCUGCUCCUUCCCUGUUUUGGUACCACCAAAACCUGCUUCCCCGGCUGCCACUGUGAAGUGGAAAGCUUUGGUCUCUUCGACAGCUUUAGCCUGACCAAAGUGGAUUGCAGCGGCAUAGGCUCACACAUCGUUCCCGUCCCAAUCCCUCUGGAUACCUCCUACUUGGAUCUGUCUUCAAACAAACUGGAAACAAUCAAUGAAUCGAUGCUUACUGGCCCUGGAUACACCACCCUGGUGAGCCUUGACCUGAGCUACAAUAAAAUUGCCAAGAUUUCCUCCACAACCUUCUCCAGGCUUCGCUACCUGGAGUCUUUGGAUCUGAGUCAUAACUCUCUGGAAGUCCUUCCAGAGGAUUGUUUCUCCAGUUCCCCUCUGGGUGACAUAGAUUUGAGCAAUAACAAGCUUUUGGAUAUAGCAAUGGACGUUUUUGCCUCCAAAGGUCAAGGAAAACCCCUGAAUGUGGAUCUAUCCAAUAACAUGCUCAGCACAAUUACGAGGCACCGCGAGAAGAGCAUCCCCAACAUCCAGAACUUAAAUCUUUCUGGAAACAGGCUAACGUCUGUGCCAAACCUCCAGGGCAUUCCCCUCCGAUACUUAAAUCUUGAUGGGAACCCUCUAGUCAAGAUUGAGAAAGGAGACUUCGUGGGGCUGACAGAUUUGAUUCAUUUAUCCCUCAGUGGCCUGCGUGGCUUCAAAGAGUUAUCCCCAUAUGGUUUCAAGGAAUUACCAGCCCUCCAAGUUCUGGAUUUAUCCACCAAUCCCGAUUUGAGGUCACUGACUGCCGACGUUAUCUUUGGCUUGAACUCCCUACAGGAGCUCAACCUCUCUGGGACAGGCAUGUCAUCCUUGCCAAAGACUGUGCUGAAAUACCUGCCCUCCAUCAAAAGCAUCACCCUGGGGAAGAACAUACAGUGUCUUAAGACCAUCAAAGAAGGACAAUACCACCGACAAAUUGGGCCGACCAGAAAAGAGGUCCUCAACUGCCACGACAGCCAUGGGGCCGUAGCAGCAGCGCCUUACGUUUUGUGAUGAAAGAGGACAAAAAAGGGAUGGGGGAGCUGGGGUGGGAGGGUGGGGGGCCGCGGGGUUUGUACAGGUGUCGGACUGAGAUGGCUUGCAGUGUGCCUUUUGUAAAACUGUUGAUAAUUUAUAUAUUUGUACAUGCCAAGACUUGAUUGUUCGUGGAUUUUAUACAUUCGCCAAACCCAGCCCGCCUCCCCUGCAGGCUCUUGAUCGCACCCGGGGUGCUGAGGGCCAGCACGCAGCCCCUUGGCUGGAGAGCAACGCUGUGGGACAAUGGGACCGAGCUGCUCUGUGAGUCCCAGGGCAGAACAGUUGCUCUGGAGCAAACCUUCCUGCCCCAGACACGCCUGCAGGAGCACAGCUACGCCUCUCCAGAGUGCACACCAAAACACCCCAACUCCGUAGCUGUUGGCUUACAACCCCGCGCUUCACCCCCCUUUUUUUAAUUAUUAUCCCCCAAGAAGUGCCUUCUGGAUGUUGCCUUCAUUAGCAGCACCCUGUUCCCUGCCGUGCACUUUCAGUCUGAAGAAGCAUUUCCAGACAAACCUGAACGCAGGGUGCUCCUAAUGUGCUGGUUUUUACAUGUUGUUUGCAUAGACGUGCAAUGAACCUGGAGGAAGUAGAUAACUCUUCCCACUCUUUUCCCCCUAUUUUGCCAUCUCGAUCCUUUCCAUAUCAAAUUGCUUUAGGUCCAGCCUUGACAGCCUCCUGUCUUUUUAACCUUUUGUUGCUCGAGAUGAUGUGCAGCAGAGCAAGAGGAGCGGGGAGAGAGGGGUCCGCCGACACCGCAUUGCACCUGGGCACCAGCCUCCCACGAAGCAAAUUAACCGAGCUGCAAAGCGAUCGUGUAGCCUAGCUUGGGAAGAAAAACAACUCCCUCCUUCCUUUCUGAAUGAGCCUAGGAGGAAAUUCUGACAAGGAUUCUCAUCUCCAUGACCUUAUCGAGCCAAGACGCAGACCCUGAGGACUUCAGAGGAAGCUGUUUCUAGGCUGAUGUUCCCCAUCUGAACUCGACAUCUGCAACUCAGCUGAGCUCAUGUCAGGCAAUUUCCAGAAUGUGCCAGGGGAAGAAUUAACGCUGAUGCCUGCAACCCUGGAGCAAUUUGACUAUUAGAGGAAGGAUCUUGGGGUUUAUUUUUUUCCAGCAUUGUGGCUUUUUUUUCUCUUCCCACAGCUCCUUGGCUGUCAACUGAAACCUGAUGAAAAGCCUGGUCCUCAAAGCUUUAUUUUUACUUCACUCUGAGAUGCUGGCAAUGCACGGGGGAGCCCCUCUCAUCCCACGUCUCAUCCACAUCCAUGUCUCAUCCAUGUCCACAUCUCAUCCAAGUCCACAUCUCACCCACAUCCACAUCUCAUCCAUGUCCACAUCUCAUCCACAUCUCUGGGCCAGGAGAGAGCAGGGGAAGGCAGCAGUCAAUGCCGGGUGUGAAGCCUUCAACCUACUCAACAGAGCAUCUCCCAUGGAGGUGUCUGCUCAGAGUCCAGCCCAAAUCCCACACACUCUGCCCUGGGGAUGGGAAGGGAAAUCGUGUAGGGGGUUCUGCUCAGACUGAUCUACACCCAGCCUUGCAUCAGGGUGACUUUGAAGUGUUGGAAACAGGUUUAGGGGGGUCCAUGCAAAGAUGAUGGGGGCAUAAACCCAGCCCACAACCCUCCUUAGGAGUGCUGGGAGGAGCUUGGGCUUCAUCCUUACACCCCCAAAGGUCUUGGCAGAAGGAAAAUGCGUUGCCCAAAGCUACGGGGGUGGUGGAAAACAGCUGAGCUCAUAAAAGCCAGCUGCUGCCAGGGGGGCUGAACCCAGAUUCAACGCCUUACUUUGGAUACUGAAAUCUGUCUCCCACGUUUUCAUCCAUCUCCUUUUCUGACUGGGGACCUUAGGGUGGGAUUUUAACCCUUUCUUUCAGUGCUGGGGGCUUUGUCCCUCUAGUGAGCCUUUGAAAGGCUCAACCAGCCUUCACAUUCACAAGAAACACGGUGAUUUUCUUAAAAAGGCAACAGAAUGGAGACCCACAUGGGAAUAGCAAUGGGGGCAGUGCAAGAUGGGGGCAGUCUGGGAGGAAGGGGGUGGUUUUUAGUGGCUCUUGCCUUUUUAAGAGAAUUAUUUUCUGCUGGCAGAAAAAUGUAAUUAAAAAAAAAAAAAGUGGUUUAAUUUUAUAAAUCCGUAUGUAGAUGCAAUGUUACGAGGAUCAUACACUGUUAAAAUCACCGUCUUUGCACCACUGUGGUAAAUUUAAAACCCAAUGUGACAAUCCAACUGAAGACUGCAAGAUUUCCUGGUGUAAUCUCACGCUAGCUGCUAGAUAAACAAGUCUUAGCAAAGGCUGGCAAAUACCGUCGCUGUAUUAGUUUGUUGUUUGUCUUUUUCUUAAAGAACCUCAGCAGCAUUGUAAGGCUUUGUGAUUAGUCACAAUAUAAUAAAGUGAUUUGGAGGAG